UCAGAUGGGGCUCUCAUGUGACUGAUUAUGGGAGUGUUUAAAGAUGACUGGAAGCCAUCUUACACACUCGCUUAACACCCCUAAAUAUAUGUCACAACUCUACACCUGAAAUUCGCAAACACAGACACACAGAAAGAGAUUCUCAGCCCAAAUUCGGUGGGAAACCUUUGAAAUCAUUGAUGUUGAAUAAUUGGAGAGAAAGGAAUGAACAGAAUAAUUGAAAAGACCACUGGCUUCCUGGCUCCUGGUCUGUAAAACUUUUGCAGAGGAGGGAUUCACUCAUUCAUGGAGGGAUAACUGAAGCUAAUCUUCUGCUUAUUAUUUCUGUGACCUGUUGCUUUAGUGACAUUGACAUUGAGAUGUUCCACAAGAGACUUGCAUAUUGAGGAACAAGGAACUGGUUAUAAAAUAUCGCUUUAACCGUCUCAGUUUUUUCUUAUUCUUUUUAAUUUCUUUUUUUUUUUUUUUUGCACUUUGGAUACUGAAAGUUGUGGGAAGGACAACUUGCAAAUUGUUUUGCAAGCCCAUUAAGAUAAAGUAUUAUUAUUAUUAUCUCCACUGUUGUUUUUUUUCACUCACUAUUUGGAAGAGAGAAUAUUUAAGUCAUGAGUACAGCCAGAAUGGAAAAUCCAGUGAUUCUGGGACUAUCAAAUCAAAAUGGCCAAAUGCGAGGCUCUGUGAAGCCAGCAGGUGGUCCUGGAGGAGGUGGAGGGGGGUCCCAAACAACGCAGCCAGCCCAGGUCAAACCCUCCAGCACAGUCAACAACGGCAACUCCCAGCCUGCACCCACAGCCAACACUAUCAUCAAGCCUGGGGAUGACUGGAAGAAGAAUCUAAAGCUUCCUCCGAAGGAUUUGCGGAUGAGAACUUCAGAUGUGACGGCAACCAAGGGAAACGAGUUUGAGGAUUAUUGCCUGAAACGGGAGCUGCUUAUGGGCAUCUUUGAAAUGGGCUGGGAGAAACCGUCACCCAUACAGGUGGAGAGCAUUCCCAUUGCGUUGUCUGGGAGGGACAUUCUUGCCAGAGCCAAGAACGGCACAGGAAAAAGUGGCGCCUACCUCAUUCCCUUACUUGAACGCAUUGACCUGAAGAAAGACAGCAUACAAGCGUUGGGUAUCGUGCCCACUAGAGAACUGGCUCUACAGGUGAGCCAGAUAUGUAUUCAGGUCAGCAAACACAUGGGCGGGGUCAAGGUCAUGGCAACAACAGGUGGAACCAACCUCCGUGAUGACAUCAUGAGACUUGAUGAAACAGUGCAUGUUGUCAUUGCCACUCCAGGAAGAAUUUUAGACCUCAUCAAAAAGGGAGUGGCCAAAGUCAAUCAAGUACAGAUGAUCGUGUUGGAUGAGGCAGAUAAGCUCCUGUCACAGGACUUUGUACAGAUGAUGGAGGAGAUUCUGAGCUAUUUGCCCAAACAAAGGCAAAUUUUGCUGUAUUCUGCCACCUUCCCACUGAGUGUGCAGAAGUUCAUGAACACCCAUCUGCAGAAGCCCUAUGAGAUAAACCUGAUGGAUGAGCUGACCCUGAAGGGGGUUACUCAGUAUUACGCCUAUGUAACCGAAAGGCAGAAAGUCCAUUGCCUUAAUACUCUGUUCUCCAGGCUCCAGAUCAAUCAGUCUAUAAUCUUCUGCAAUUCAUCACAGCGAGUGGAGCUCCUGGCAAAGAAGAUCUCUCAGCUUGGAUACUCGUGUUUCUACAUUCACGCCAAGAUGAGACAGGAACACAGAAACCGUGUGUUUCACGAUUUCAGAAAUGGCUUAUGUCGAAAUCUCGUCUGCACUGAUCUCUUUACAAGAGGAAUUGAUAUACAAGCUGUGAAUGUGGUGAUCAACUUUGAUUUCCCCAAACUUGGGGAGACGUACCUUCAUCGCAUUGGCAGAUCGGGCCGAUUUGGACACUUAGGUCUCGCCAUUAACUUGAUCACUUAUGAUGACCGCUUUAACCUGAAAGGUAUUGAAGAACAGCUGGGUACAGAAAUCAAGCCCAUUCCCGGCAGUAUUGAUAAGAGUCUGUAUGUGGCCGAGUACCACAGUGAGAGUGGAGAGGAGGUUAAACUGUGAGCAGAAGAGAUCACCAAUCCUUUGUCCCCUGUCCCCACCUUUUUUUUCCUUCCCUACUGUGUCUAGGGAAUAGAUUUUUUUUGUUUCGUGUUUAAACUAUUUAUCUUCCGUCUGUCUUUUCCCACACUUUUUUUUUUUCUUAUUUUUCUUGUUUGGUGCCACUACAAAGGAAUGUGAUGUUGUGAUGGCCCAAUAAUCGGGAAGGACUCAUGGCCUACUAAAGGACUGCUGCACCAAUAUUUUCAUCCUGAAGACUUCAAAUCACUUGAGGAGGGAAAGAGGGGACAUGAGGAUUUAUCACCCAAGAAAAAAUGACUACUCAUUGCCUGAAAGCACAUUCUCAACCCACUCUCUCUGUUCCUCUGCUCAUCUUCAUGUUUCUAGUCAUUUGAAACAAGUGCCUUAACAAGCAGCCUAACUUGUUCAAAAAGUAAUAACCUGAUGAUUUUUCUUCUCCACUCAUAACUCUUCAUUUGAAGACGUGGUCUUGUUUUUUUUUUUUUUUUUUUUUCUCUGGCUUUUGGUAUUGCUUGUCUGCCCCCUCCUGUUUGACAUCAGAAGAAUAAUUUUGCAUUUGCCACUUCUAGAUUUUCGGGGCGAUGAAGAACAGGAUUUCACAGCAGGAGCGAGGAUGGGGAAGCAUGUGUGAUUUGUGCAGUCUCUGGUGUACUUGUGAAGGGAAGCCCCCUGGAGAACUGAGAUGAUAUCAGUGGGCAUAACGACAAUAAUAGGGGCUAAUGUUCCUGUGGCAAGCUUUCAAAAGCCCCACAAGGCUCCCAAUGGGUUUUUUCCUUCAUCCACUCAUGGAACAUGCCAUGCCUCUAGAGACCCAUAACUCUUUCCCCCUCUGUCUUCAGUGGGUCAACUCUAAGAGACUUGACCAGACUCAGACCAGCCUUUCUCCUUGGCCAUGAGGACUCCCACUUCAAGACGAAUGUGGACUUUUUUUUUUUCUUUUUUCUUUUUUUUUUUUUUUUUUUUUUUUUUUUUUUCCCUUUCCUCUUGAUUUCAGUGCGGUAGGCAUUCUGUCCUAAAUGUGCCAUUUAUACAGAUCUGGCACAUUGUAAACAUUUUGUAAAUACUUCAUUUAUUGUUGUUAUUUUUAAUGGAUUGUUUUAAAACAAGCUAAAAAGGCUUGAUGACCAUUUGAGAAGAAUGUUGGAAAGAUCUUUUAAAAUCAGGAUUCUGUCAGCACUGGGUGGCACUAUUUUGGUUAUGCCCUCUUCUCCCCAGUGGGAAAUAAGUUUAGCAGAGUUUAAGCCUUUCCAGGUAGUGCACCAUCCUUCUGUUGUAACAAAAAAUUGGGCUUUUUUAAAUCCAAGAAUACUUUGUUCAGAGGUUUUGAGUGUUAGCUUCUGAGCGUUUCAGCAGGUGCUGCAGUUGUUUUGGAUUUGCACUUGUUCACUCUAACUCUGACCCGUUCCCCAGUGUUGACAAAAGUUCCUGACAUGGGUUGCUCAAAAGGCCUCGUUUAAGGGUUGUGAAAAAAAAAAGAGGCUUAUUUGCUUUCCAGCCUUUUGCUUGUGACACUGACCUAUGAGGCACUCAGCAGGGUCCCCUAGCCUGAGUGACUCUAAACAUAGAGGUAAUUUAAUAUUUUCAUCAUGUAAUAGAGCUACUCGCUGCAGUGCAGCUCAAAUUGGCAACAUGCAAAAAUGUUGAAUUUAUAAGCGAGAUGUGUAGCUGUUACAUGGGGCUGUGUUUCUCUGCCACUAGGACAUGACUUCAGACAGACUGGGGUGGGAGGAUUGAAAGGCUUGGAUGUUCACAUUGGGGAAAAAGGAAAAAUGGACAAAAAAAAAAAAAAACAACUGGAUGCCAAGACUUCUAAACGAUGGACUGACAAUGUAGCGGCAGAGACACGCAGUGCAUCGUGAGUCAGGAGGGGUUUUUUUGUUUUGUUUUUUGUUACUAGACCAUGUUCUUGAUGCUGCACAAGACUUAACAGAAGAAUCUAAACCUUUGCAGUGUGUGCUGCACUUAAGUUUGAACUUUAGUUCAAGGGUUGGGCAAUAAUAAUACGGGCUGCACAUGUUCUGGGAGCACUUCCUCGGUUAGGGCAGAGGUGUAUAGACUGAAGGGGAGAUUUAUUAUUUAUUUAUUAUUAUUAUAUCAUUUUUUUUUUUGAGGAAGUAUUGUGGUAGGGACAAGGGUAUUUAACAUGGGCUGGGGAUUUGGGUAUUUCAUGGGUGCUGAUAACCAAAUGACUUCAUUUUCUUUUGCAGCGGAAUAUUUAUCACACCUCCCCCAAACACUAAUACCCUUUUGAGUGAGGGUUUUUUUUUUCUUUUUUUUUUUUUUUUUUUUUUUCUUCUUCCCAUCUCCAAGGAUUGACACGGGCUUGCUUGAGACACUUUAGCCCUUCUGCUGCUUUUUGAAUAAGUUUAGUGCUUUGACCCGUGAUGUUUUGAGGGUUGUAACUUUAUGGGGUGGGUUGGAGGGAGGUUGGGAGGGAUACAGUUUUGCCUUUUGUGGUUAUUGGCACAGAAUUAGCUUAAUUUUAUGCUCGAGUUUAACAUCACCAAUGUCCCCAUUUCAAAAAAAGAAAAAAGUCAAAUACAGGUGAGGUUUUUUUUUUUUUUUUUUUUUUUAAUGGAUUGGCUUUGUCUACUGCGGCAUGUUGCUGUUAGUUAUCCCUGAUACAAUUAAAAUUUGUUCUAACUGUAUGGUUAGUUACCAAAUUCUAAGCAAAGGUUAUUUAUCCCAUAUUCUACAACGUGCAACUUUUCCCAGUGACAUUGCUUGAAUCCAAGCUUGUAUUCUCUUCUCUAUAUCACAUAGCCCCCCGUGUGUACAUCACCAGUGUAAUCAGCUUUGAUUUCUUUUGGGGGAUGUUAAACAUCUGCCCAUAGAGAGGAGUAUAUGAGUUACUGGCCUCUUUGGCAGCAGCCCAGUGUUUUUCAGUAACCACUUGCUGUGAAAAUCACGGUUCGUUCAUGAGAUGCUGUAAAGCAGCAUGUGAUUGGAUGUGCUGUGGUCUUUGCUAAGUUGGUUGGGGUUUUGAUUUCUUUGUUUUGCUUUCUUUUUAUUUGGAAGAAUGGAGUGGAGAACAUCUCACCUGUUUAAGAUUAGUUUUCUAAAGCAUACAAAAUUGUCAUCUUUAAAAUCCACUCGUUCUUCGUUAUUAUAUAAUUUUAUUUUUUUUAUUUUAAG